CGCUAGCCUUAAAGCUUACUCGACCGAUGAUGCAUCUCAUAAAUAGUUAUCAUCUAGUUGCUUGCAAUGGAGAUGGUAACAAUUUAGUGCUCAUGCUGGCUACCGAAGGUUGCUUCUUGAUCGACGUGGAUUUUCACAUGAGGGAGACGUCUUCGAAUUCAGGAAAGCAACAAAGAAGAUUCUACCUAAGUGGUGUAUCGAUCAUGGAUGGUUAUCCAGUUAGGAAUCUACGAUUUAAUGAGAGGUGGAACAUAAUAGAAAACCAACUUUUGAUGAGCCGACAAACAUUCUUCAAACUUUCAGCUUCGAAGAUCGAGGAGCUCACCUAUAGGGUGAUUCCUAAGCAGCAGCUAAAGGAAUCAUCUUCCAGCACUAACACUAACACUGAUAGGAGGCUGCUGGAAUGGGAUUCCCCCGCAUUAAAACCAAUUCACUUGAAGUUUGUAUUCAAAAUAGUCAACCGUGUGCAUUUGCUUUAUGUGAAUGGGGAGAACGCUGAAUUAUUGCAAAUUGGGAGGCAACAACCAUUUCUCACAAAG